GCCAACCAUCAGAAACGCAGUCCUUGAUGAGAAGAAACUCCAUAAAGAGCAAAUGGUCCAGGAGACGUUUUUUUUCCGCGUAAACUUAAUAAAUAAAAAAAAAACUCAUUCGAAAAAUAGCAAAGUGAAUAGUGAACGAAAUCAAUGGUGGGACACAUUUAACUGCCAUUGCGAUGACCGGCGGGAAAAUUCAAAAAAACUUUGGUCGUUUAGUGGUGAACCCAGCAAUAACUAAGAAAUCAUUGUCGGAAGUUACCCGGUGACAGAAGUAAAAAAAAUCACGAUAUCCUACCUCAUAACGGAAACCCAAAUGCAUCAUUCACUUUGGACCCGUGUAUCCAGCAGCUGGAACAACUGUCAAUUGCUUCAACAAUCUCGGAAUCCACGUGCAACAUACGCUUUAGCAUUUCUUACAAUGCUUCUAACAUCAGCAUGUGCUGGGGGUCAGAUACUCGGUGUUCCUCGUGCUCAUCGACGGGAACGAGACUCCGAGCUGGCAACGAAUCGAGUUGAGGAUCAGGAGAACAGAAAUACCUUAUCCGGAGAUGAAUUGUAUCUAGGAUGCAGUGGGGAUCCAUGGGAAAGUGUAUCUUCCAGCAGCGACUGUCAUUACAAGUAUCCUCGUCAAGCGAGAUCCUCAUUUUCCAAACACUCCGCUAUGUUCAAUAACAGCUGGACCAAGCAAAUUUCCUGGUUAGACGCCGGGCGACAUUUACGCGGGGCAAGAUUCAAAAGAGGAGUCAUACAUUUGUAUAAUAUGGUCGUCUGCGCCACUGGCUGCAAUCCUCUUGAUUACAAGGGUUACGGAUGUUACUGUGGCUUUCUGGGAUCCGGAUACACGAUAGACGGAAUCGACCGAUGCUGCAAGAUGCACGACUGGUGUUACGAUGCUACGGAGUGCCCAAUGUUUUUAGAAUACUUUGUCCCUUAUUACUGGAAGUGUCAUCGAGGGUACAAACCUAUCUGCGCUAUUGAGCAUGGUGAAUGGGGAUCAUCAGGAUCAUGUGCCCAACGUUUGUGCGAAUGCGACAGAUCAUUGGCAGAAUGCUUAAGUCGAUAUCCGUGUCCUAAAACAAAAGCUAUGUGCAUGUCGUCACCAUGGAGGUUGGUGCAAAACCUUUUCAUGAAUUUCUAGCUUUUGCAUAACAAGUUAGAUUUCACUGUUAGGAAAAAGGUAGCUUUGGUAUCGACUGGAGGCAUUCGAAUCAAAUGUAAUUUCGUGCCAAAUAUAUUAUGUUCUAAUUGUAAGGGAAUUAAAUGUUUUGUUAAUUUAGAAAAAGUGAUUGCUAGAAUUGCACUUCUCUUUUAUACCAUUGACGAACAUAAUAUAUUAAUCAGAAAUCGGUAAUAUUACACUUGCUGCGAAAAAUACUACUUGACAUACAGAUAUUGAUUGUUCCAGUUUAAACUAGUGAAUGCUGGCUGCAAGAUAUUGAUUUUUUACUAAUUUUUGUAGUUUAAUACAAAAUAUAUUUAAUUACAAAAUUAUAUUUUUCAAAUGGAUUGUCAUUGCAUAAUACACUUUAAACCAUACAAAAUGAAUGUUUUAUGGAACAGAUAGUUUUGUUUUACAUACAAAGAAUGGUAGAAAUGUAUAAUCAUAAUGUUUAAAUACGUUAACUUCAUAUGGAGUAGUGUAUACAAAUAAUUGCAUAGCUUUAAACACAAUCGAUGCAAACUAUAAUUU